AUGCUCACCAAGACCCCAGUUUUGACCUUCUACGACACCCAGAAGCCCAUAGUGGUCAGUGCAGAUGCGAGUAGCUAUGGCCUCUGUGGAGCAAUCUUCCAACAGGAGGGCACCGAACUAAAACCUACUGCAUAUUGUUCUCGCACAAUGACAAAUACGGAAACUAAAUAUGCGCAAAUUGAGAAAGAAUGUCUUGCAGGAGUUUGGGCGUGCGAGAAGUUUUCUCGAUACUUAGUUGGACUUGACAGUUUCAAACUGCUUACAGAUCACAAGCCAUUAGUACCCCUAAUCAAUAGUCAAGACAUUGAUAGAACGCCAGUCAGAUGUCAGCGACUACUCAUGCGUCUACUCCGAUUCAACGUCAUUGCAGAGUACGUCCCAGGGAAACUGAUGGUUGUCCCAGACACGCUGUCCAGAAGUCUUUCAAAGUGUUCAGAUACAGACAGACAAACUGCCGAAGAAGUAACUACAUAUGUGAACUCUAUCGUAGAGUCAAAACCUAUGUCGGAUCAGAAGCUAGAACAGAUUAGACUGGAAACAGAACGAGACAAUGAACUGAGACUCGUUAUGGACUUGACUAAACAAGGUUGGCCAAACCACAUCAGCUCGAUUCCAGAAAGAGCCAAAGACUACUUUGCCUCAAGAAGUGAACUUUCUAUAUUUGAAGGUUUUCUGCUAUUCCGUGACAGAAUAGUUAUUCCAGGAACACUUCGCAGUGAAAUACUGGAAACCAUACAUGAUGGUCAUAUGGGCAUUUCAAAGUGCCGUGAGCGUGCAGCAACCGCUGUAUGGUGGCCUGGCAUUUCUAAGGAUAUAACCACAAGAGUGGCAAAUUGUGAAAUUUGUCAGACACAGAGACCAACCCAGAGGAAGGAAUCGCUGAAAACAACUACAUUGCCAGAGCGCCCUUGGCAAAGAAUCGCAGCUGACUUGUUUGGAAUAGAUGACGAGCGCUACUUAGCUGUGAUGGAUUACUUUUCACGAUAUCUGGAAAUAGCACACUUACCUAGUAUUACGAGCGACCAAGUUAUUGGCAAAUUGAAGAAUAUCUUCGCUAGAUGGGGCGUUCCGGAAGUACUAUCUACAGAUAAUGGUUCCCAGUUUACUUCGCAAACCUUCAAAACAUUUGCUAAGGACUACAACUUCACUCAGCUAUUCUCAAGUCCUCAUUAUCCCCAAGCAAAUGGAGAAGCAGAAAGUGGAGUUAAAAUUGCCAAACACAUUCUGAAGCAGCCAGACAUAUUUAGAGCACUAAUGGUAUAUAGAUCAACACCAAUCGCCACAACUGGUGUAAGUCCUGCUGAAUUGAUAAUGGGACGAAGAAUCCGUACAGCUUUACCAACAUUGGACAAAACACUGUGCCCAAGAUGGCCAGAUCUCAACACUAUUCGCAGUCAUGAUGAGGAAACAAAAGAACGCUACCGAUUCUACUACGACAAACAUAACGCGGUGCGUCCAUUACCUGGUUUCAAAGAAGGGGAAAGAGUUAUGGUGAAGCUUGACAACGAAAACUUGUGGAAAGAUACAGGAAUUGUCAAGAGCUUCGAUCCUGAUCAAAGGACAUGCAUUAUUGAAACUCCUCGUGGAACCGUACGUCGCAAUAGAAGACAUGUGAAAAUUGCGUCUUCCAAACCUACUGGUGUACUCCAAAGUCCCAAAACAGCAGAUCUUACCGACACUUUACUUGAUGAUUUUAACAAUGGUCCAUCCAUGGCAAUUGAGAAACCCAAUUGUUAUCAAGCAAGUGAACAGAUAAUGUCGCAAACUGGAAUCCAACCGACAGUAACUAGAUCGGGAAGAACCAUUGUCAAACCUACUCGUUAUGACGACUUUGUUUCCUGGAAGUGA